UGAUUAGCAAACCUUCCAAAAACACACGAGUAAUAACACGUGCAUCGUAUCCUUUCAUCGGUGUGACUACCGCGAUAAAUAUAUACAACAGAUUAUUAAUCGUAUUUGAUUAUCGAGACAUACUUUGAAUUUCGCGCCGAAAUAAAUUCUUCAUUGAGUUUCAUUGAAGAAAAUAAUCUUAAGGAGAAAGAAAGUAGAAGAUAGAGUAGAUGGAAUAUUGACUUUUUACGAUUCCAGAAAGAAAAAAUUCAAAGGAAAUAGUAGUGAAAAGAAGGAUAGAGAAAAUUAAGACAAGAAUAGACAUAACUAUAGCAGCUGGUCGAGAGGAGUGCAGGCAGCAGUAAAAUAUAGAGGAAGCAAUCGCCGUAAGGCGACUAUAACGAACGGUGGUAGUGGCGGUGCUGGUGGUUGUGGUGGUGGUAAAGCGAGGUAGUUACCACAGUAUAGACGCCACGAGGCGUCAUUUAGACUUUAGACGUUCCUGGUAUCGCAUCACGAGGGUUGAACAGUAACGUACCAAACAACAUAUCACUAUACAUACCAUCGUCAAGAAAUUUCUGAUUCAACUGUGAUUAGAAACACUUUGAUUAUAAUAAAGAAGAAAGUGUGAUCGAUAGAAAGAGGAUAACAACAGUUACAGUAACCGGUAGCUAGCGAAUAAUAAUUUUUUGUUGUCAUAACAAAGCCACGUGUAUUGAGUAUGCGCACGCUCUGUCGUAACAAAGUUGAAAGAUAGAAAGCAGACAAAUGCAGUUACAUCCUGGACCGAUAGGGGCAUUCUGGUAGUUACUGCGCAAGUACCAUCCCCUUUUAUAUAUCUCAUCUAUUACGUGUAACAUCUACCACUGACAGAUAAAAGGAGAACUUCGAUAUUGGUUUUGUUUCAUUGAGAAAUUAUACGAUACUACGAUCUAAAGAGAGAAAAAGAGAAAGAGAAAGAGAGAGUGAGGACAACGACGAAUACUACUACACGUUCACCGAUACUUGUAAUUGAUUGAAUACUACAACGACGGUGCAUGGUGACAGAUAGCCGUUUGAAAAAGAGAACCGGCAUUACAACGCAAAACAUGAUGCCGUCUAGCACGCAGAGAAGACAAAUCAUGCAACCAUGGCCCCUGUGCCUAGUGCCCUUCGCAAAAACGAAGGAGCGCAACGUUUCGCCCAAUUAUUAUACGAGGGUCCCGUCGAUCGCGAGAUCUUCGACGAGUUCGGGUAUAACAUUGGAUUGUGCCUCGAAUGCGACUCUCGCAACAAACGCAAGUCCUUUCAACAGUCAAACAGCCCUUCUCGUCGAGAAAAAACAAUCACUAAGCGGUAGCAACAGCUUGUCAGCAAAUCGUUAUUAUGUCGAAAAUCUAAAAAACAAUCAUCAGCUUUUCAACAAUCAGCAAUCGCAAAAAACUCUUCCUGCGCCAAGAAUCUAUGAUCCUUUAGACAAAGGUCUCGACGCCGAUUACAAGCAGAUCGAUCCAUUGUUGGCUAAGGAUCCCCACGAGCCUACGAUAAAAGGACUGAUGACUACUACUCAGGAAGAGAAAGAUAAAGAUGGGACGCUGGAAGUGGAGCGUUUACCACCAUCACAAUUUCAAAAGGAUCAAGAACAGUCAUCGAAACGUUUCAUCAAACAGAUAUUGGCAGCUUUAACACUGUCAUUGGGUUCCCUUGUUGUUGGAUAUUCGACUUCCUACACCUCGCCAGCCCUUGUUUCUAUGCAAAGCAAUGAGACCGAGAUGACUUUUGAAGUUACUAAACAAAUGGGUAUGUGGAUCGGAUCGAUCAUGCCUCUGAGUGCACUUUUCGGAGGUAUAGCUGGAGGUCCCUUCAUCGAAUAUUUCGGAAGAAGGAAUACUAUUCUUGGAACUGCAGUGCCGUUUAUCGUAGCUUGGGUUCUCAUCGGUUUGGCUCAAAAUAUUCCUAUGAUUCUAAUUGGCCGAGCCAUCUGUGGUUUUUGCGUAGGCAUAACUUCUCUAUCACUACCAGUUUAUCUGGGUGAAACGAUACAGCCUGAAGUUCGUGGUUCGUUAGGUUUGUUACCUACAGCCUUCGGUAACACCGGUAUUCUAAUGUGUUUCAUAGCCGGUAUGUAUUUGAACUGGAGGUAUCUUGCAUUGCUAGGUAGUACCUUACCAAUACCAUUCCUCGUAUUGAUGUUCGCAAUUCCGGAAACCCCAAGAUGGUAUAUCUCAAAGGGUAAAACAAAAAGAGCACGCAAGUCUCUUCAAUGGUUACGCGGUAAAAAUGUAGAUAUUACCGAGGAGUUGACGACGAUCGAAGAGUUGCAUGUAGAAAGCGAGAGAGAUAUUCAGAAUGGACUAACAGAAUUACUCAAACCGAAUCACCUCAAACCCAUUUUGAUCUCAUUGGGUCUCAUGUUCUUUCAACAGAUGUCUGGUAUCAACGCUGUUAUCUUCUACACCGUUCAAAUCUUCAAGGAUGCUGGUAGCACAGUCGACGAAAACAUCUCGACCAUAAUCGUUGGUAUCGUAAACUUCUUAUCGAC